CUAUAUAUAAUGCUACAAGAUCCCAUCUUUUCACGUAUAACUUGUGUACGCCCAGUACUACUAUGCUCUGAUCUCGCUCUAUUGCUUUUGUUUGAUCUCUCGCUCUUUUCCCCGUUUUCUCUAGAAAACAUGAAGGUGAUUGCUGCGUAUUUGCUGGCUCUUUUGGGAGGGAACACAAGCCCUUCCGCUGAAGAUAUCAAGAACAUCCUUGGCUCGGUUGGAGCCGAAGCUGAUGAUGAUAAGAUAGAGCUUCUUCUGUCACUGGUCAAGGGCAAAGACAUUACAGAACUUAUUGCUACUGGGCGGGAGAAGUUGGCCGUUAUGUCUUCUGCUCAUGGUUUUGCAGUUGCAGCCACCGUUGCAGAUGGUGGUGCUGUUGCUGCUGCUGCCGCCGCUGCGGAGCCAAAGAAAGAGCUGGAAAGGGUGGAGGAGAAAGAGGAAUCUGAUGAAGAAAUGUGCUUCAGUCUCUUUGAUUAA